AUGCAGAUCAAUUUAUUGUUAAAUAUCGGUUAUUGUUUGCUGGUAGCCGUAGAUAUUUUCGCCAUCGGUCACAAGCCGAAACGUAUACAUUUUGAUGAAAGCUAUUGGGCUGAAGACGUGCCCAAAGAUAGUUCCGAACAUCUGAUUAUUGAUAAUUCGCUGUACGAUUUGCAGACUUUAGCAACUGGUGAAAAUUUCAUUAUUAUCAAUAGUAACGAUGACGAGGUCAUAAGCCCUCGCAGAAAACGAGAGACCAUUGAAUACGACGAAAUUGGCAAUCGUGUAUAUAAUGUUGGCGUUUUAAUGGCUUCACAUUUAGAUUCACCGUUCGAUUUGGAACGUUGUGGCCCAGCAGUGGAUCUAGCCUUAGACGUUAUCAAUGAUGAGUUCUUGCGGCCUCACAAUAUAACACUGCGUAAAGUGCAAGCCAGUUAUCCAUCGUGUUCGGGUGCCAAGGCUCCGGGUUUAGCGGCAGAUAUGCAUUUCAAGGAUGACGUAAUUGCUUUUAUUGGACCGGCAUGUGCGUUCGCUUUGGAACCUGUUGCUCGAUUGGCAGCCUAUUGGAAUUCACCGAUCAUUACCGGCAUGGGAGAUCAACCACCUUCAGAGGGUGAAUUAACAGUAACGUCGGGCAUUUUGGGACGCAUUCAUAAAUGGAAAAAUGAGAGCACAGGCAUGUUCAAAGAUAAGACGAAAUAUCCAACUUUAACACGCAUGUCAUACUGUCAGUGUCGUUUGAAGUUAGUAUUCGCUAGCGUCUUUCGCCAAUUCAAUUGGAAGCAUGUAGCCUUGCUGGUCGAUCGUUCUGAUCUUUUUUCGCUAACAGUUGGCAAAAAUUUGGAGUACGGUUUAAGGCAAGAGGGUCUGUUGAGCUUCGUUCGUGAGUUGAAUGGUAAUGAACAGGAACCAUAUGAGAUUUAUUUACGUGACGCCAGCAUGUAUGCUCGAGUUGUUAUACUUUCGGUUCGCGGUACUUUGGUCCGUAAAUUUAUGUUGGCCGCCUACUCCUUGGGAAUGACGAAUGGCGAUUGGGUUUUCCUCGAUGUUGAAAUAUUUCAGAGCACCUAUUGGGGCGAUCAUGAUUGGGAAAUGGGUGAUGAUGACGAUGGAAGGGCUCGCAAGGCUUAUGAGGCUUUAUUAAGAGUUUCACUAUUGCAACCCUCCAGCCCUAAAUAUCAAGGCUUUGCUGAAAAUGUACGUGACAUGGCGUUGCAUAAUUAUAAUUAUACCUUCAGCGAUGGCGAGGAGGUAAACUUCUUUAUUGGCGCCUUCUACGAUGGCGUCUAUUUGCUUGGUAUGGCUUUGAAUGAGACUCUGAGCGAAGGUGAAGAUAUACGUGACGGCAUGGCGAUAACAAGACGAAUGUGGAAUCGAGAUUUUCAUGGCAUAACUGGCCACGUUCGUAUCGAUGACAAUGGUGAUCGUGAUGCAGACUAUUCUAUUCUCGAUUUGGAUCCAAUAAAUGGGAAAUUUGCAGUUGUUGCUCAUUACUAUGGCUUACACCGCAAUUACUCAGAAGUGCACGGUAAAAAGAUACAUUGGCCUGGCGGUCGAGAGGAACCGCCUCCGGAUAUACCUAGAUGUGGUUUUUUAGGAAAUUCGCCCGAGUGCCAUGGCAAUGAAUUAAUCGUAAUGUAUGCUAUGUUUGCCUUAGCGAUAUUUUUGGGUUUCACAUUUCUGGUAGUCUAUCUGAUGUGCAAACAAAUGAAGCUCAAUAAUGAAUUGAACAACAUGUCGUGGAGAGUACGACCGGAUGAUGUUCUUUUGGAAGUUGGUCGCCUUUAUGGCAGUAAAGUGGGUUUGCAAAAAUUAAAUGCAGAAAAUUUCUCCCUCCAGCAAUACGGGAUACAUUCGGGUCGAGCUUCCAUAACUAGUUGCACGUCAUUGCCGUUAACGCAAGUUUUCACUACCAUUGGUAUCUUUCGAGGAGAGCGCGUUGCCAUCAAAAAAAUACAUAAAAAAAAAGUUGACAUAACUUCUACAUUAUUAUGGGAAAUCAAGCAGGCCCGUGACGUUAGUCAUGAAAAUACAGUACGUUUUGUGGGUGCAUGUAUUGAUUUGCCGAGGCCCACUGUACUCAUACUAACGGAAUAUUGUCCGAAAGGCAGCCUAAAAGAUGUGCUUGAGAACGAAGCUAUCCAACUUGACUGGAAUUUUCGCAUGUCUCUUAUCCAUGACAUAGUUAAAGGCAUGGCUUAUUUGCAUAACAGCGAUGUUCAGGUACAUGGAAAACUUCGUUCUUGCAAUUGUUUAAUUGAUGGACGUUUCGUUUUGAAAAUAUCUGAUUUCGGUUUGCGUACACUUACUACACCAUCCGAGUUUGUAAAAGAUCAAAAUUACUUUAAUAAAUUUCUGUGGAUCGCGCCAGAGUUGUUGCCUGUAACAGUUUUUCCUGGAAAUCCAGCUACACAGAAAGGGGACGUAUAUUCUUUUGCUAUAAUUCUCGAAGAAAUUGUGAUGCGUGGUGGUCCCUAUGAGACGGCUCGACAAUUCAUGGACAUUCAGACUAUUUUGAAUCGCGUGGAAUCGCACGAAAGCACUCCUUUUCGACCUUUUAUAGGUCAAAGGGAUUGCCCUCCCGAUGUUUUGGAUCUUAUGGAAAAAUGCUGGGCUGACAAUCCAGACGAUCGACCUGCAUUUGCCACUAUACGUUCAACCGUUCGAUUGAUUAUGAAGGGUUUUUGUGAAAAUCUUAUGGAUGAUUUGCUGCGACGUAUGGAACAAUAUGCGAACAAUUUGGAGAGUUUGGUUGAGGAGAAGACCGAACAAUUAAGUAUUGAGAAGAAACGUACAGAAGAGUUACUCUAUCAGGUUUUACCACGACCGGUUGCAACCCAACUGUUGGCCGGCGAAAUGGUGCAACCAGAACAAUUCGAAUGUGUUACCAUUUAUUUUAGUGAUAUAGUAGGUUUUACGGCCCUGUGUGCGCAAAGUGGACCAAUGGAAGUUGUGGAUUUUCUGAAUGAUCUCUAUAGUACUUUUGAUCGCAUCAUCGGUUUUUAUGACGUUUAUAAGGUGGAAACAAUUGGCGAUGCUUAUAUGGUGGUGUCGGGUUUACCCGAAGGAAAUGGUGAUAAUCAUGCACGUGAAAUUGGUCUUAUGGCAUUGGCUAUCUUGGACGCUGUAAAAUGUUUCAGUAUUAAGCAUAAGCCCGACUACCAGCUAAUGAUACGUAUUGGUAUUCAUUCAGGUCCCGUGUGCGCUGGUGUUGUUGGGCAAAAAAUGCCACAUUAUUGUUUAUUCGGUGAUACGGUCAAUACUGCUUCGCGCAUGGAGUCAGCCGGCUUACCUUUAAAAAUUCAUGUUUCAUCGGCCACUAAAACUAUUUUCGAUAAAUUUGGUACUUUUGAGAUGGAGCUGCGUGGCGAAGUCGAACUGAAAGGCAAAGGUGCCGUGGUAACUUAUUGGUUGUCGGGAUGUACUGAGCCAGAUCCUAGGCCACCCACGCCACAUAAAAAUAACAAUGACGAAAUACCGUUCCCUAUAUUAUUUCCAGCCAUUGGAAAGUAG